GCUUUGAAGUUCUCAUUUUUUACCGGGUUUGUUUGGCUGCCGAGAAAUAAGUCGUGCAGGACUGUGCUGGGUCCUGGCUGGCUCUCCCUGAGCGGAGCCGCGCAGGCAUUGAUUGUCUUCGUGACUGACCCGAGGCCGAGGGCAUGUUCGGCCGCCUCCCGCCUCGCGGGUACCGAGUGCUGCCGGGCUCCCGGUUGGCAGCUGUGGGAGCCCGGACGCGCGGCUCCGGCGGGGCCGGGCUGCGGGGACCCGUGCCCGACGACCGUGGGGCCUGCCUGGCGCGCGGGGCCCGGCGGCGGUGGAGCCUGCAGGUGAGCCCGUUCGGGCGGCUGCGGGCACGGCUCCCGUGUCACCUGGCCGUGAGGCCCCUGGAUCCCCUCGCGUUUCCCGAUGCCGACCGCGUGCAGGUGUCGGUGUGCGGCGUUGCGAGCGGCCUGGACAGCUUGCAGGUCGUGUACGACGCUGCUCGACAGGAGACGGUCAUCCUGUCAGACCACAUCGACCCCCAGGCGUCCGUGGAGGUGAACGCACCCGUCAAGUUUGAUUUGAAUAUCGAGUCAUCAGGAUCUGGCUCUGUAAAAGUGCAGAAUAUUGAAUGUAACAGCUGUAAAAUUGACACUGAGCAGGGGAGCAGCAUAUUGCAGUCUGUGAUGGGUCACAAUUUACAUGUUCAAACAAAAGGAGGCCAUGUGAUCUGUCUCGGAACAGUUUAUGGAAACAUAGAUAUUCAUGCAUCCAACAAAAGUACCGUGACCAUAGAUAAACUUCAGGGAAGUUGUGUUAAUAUAUCAACGGAGGAUGGUUUGCUUCAAGCCAAGUAUCUUUAUACAGACUCUUCCUUUCUGUCUUCUGCUGCUGGGGAUAUUGCACUAGGAAAUGUCCAUGGAAAUAUCAUACUACAAAGCAAGAUGGGUAACAUUACAGUGGAUUCGUCCUCUGGAUGUCUAAAAGCUUCAAGUCAUCUUGGUGCCAUAGAUGUUUAUGUCAGCCAGCUGGGGGAAGUGGCGCUGACCUCGCAGGAAGGUUUGAUUACUGUCAAGGCCCCAUCUUCUCUCCAAGCUUAUUUAAAGUUAUCGGGGAAAGAGGUAGUUGUGGACACCGAAGCUCGUAUUCAGGAAAUGGCCAAAGAUCAUAAAAGUGACGGUGUGACAGUGACAGGACUCAUGAAUCAAGCAAGCAAACAUGAAAGGUGGAUAAAUGCCAUUGCCCCCAAAGGCACUGUAACUUUUAAACAUCAGAGCUGGUUUCAGUCCCUGAAACUGAAGGACUAAGAAUAGUUUCAGUUGUGUUUAUGAUUCUUAUCGUGUACUUCCAGACUGUGAGUAUAAAAAUGCAGACACCAGUAUUCAAAGAAACGUCAAAAACAACAGCAUUGGCAGCGAAUAUUGGUGAAAGGUUUCAGGGGGACUAUUGCCAAAUGUGUACUUACCUGUAGGGUUCCUUUUCUAUUGUUCCAUUCUACAUUACAGAAGUCCCCAAGAUAUGACCUACGGUGAUGCCUGAAAUCACAGACAGUAUCAACAUCUGUAUACUGUGUGCUUUUUUGUUGUUGGCUUGUUUUGCUUUUUUAAUAAACAGAUAUGCCAGCCAAAGGCCUUUAUCUGACUAAACGCUUACCAUUUUAGUUCCAGUAGCAAAACUGGAUGCCUUUCUUUUUCCUUCUUUACAAUUUCAUGAACAGUACAUCCACCCAGACUGUAGGGCCUACCAGCCUCAGCAAAUGAUUUUUUUUUUUUUUUUUUUUUGGCCUAGUAAGUGGAGAUCUUUGACCUGUUUUCUUAAAGCAUUUUGUGGCUUCUCUUUAUCAGACCCAACUGCAAAUAUCACUGUCAUUACACUUUAGAGCCAUUACCAAGAUAAGUGCUUCUUGAACACUGGGACGAUAAUGCUCCUGUGACGGCAGGAUGGCCAGGGGGACUACCGAGUGACAGCAGGCAGGCAGUGUACACAAACAGCGUGCACAAGCUGGGCAAAGGAAUGGAAGAGCAUAAGGUUUCCUCAUGCUGCUUCACGUGACACACAAUUUAAAACUGCGUUGCUUACUUCUGGAACUUAUCAACUGUGGGUUACUGAAGAAAUAAAAAGCAAAACCUUGAAUGGGGGCAAGAGAACACUUCUACCAUAGAUGUAAUGACCUCAGAAAACACUCACUUAUCAGUUGGUGAUGCUGGCUUUUUGUUCAGUGUAGCACAUAGCUGGAAUAAACAUGUUAGCCAGGCUUGGGUGGGGGUGCGUGGGGAGAAGUCUUCCAAGAGCAUUCGUGUUAUAGGGAAAAUCAAACCUCUUCCGCCUGUAUGAUACCAUUUUCUUGCUGGCUUCAGCUAACAAUCACUCUUGUCUUCUAACCGUUACCACAUGCCUAUCUCCUUCCUCGUGUGGCCCCUCUUCAAGCAAAACAUACCGAGUCCUUCCCAUGCUCUGAAUGUCGGAUUUUCCUGAAAGCUGGUGAAAUCCCUGCCUGCUUGGCCAGGAUAUUAACAUGAUUAUGGGACUAUCGCAUCACAUUCACAAAGCCCACUCAAGAGAUGGUUAUGGAAGGAUACCAGUCUUUGGAGUCACCUUAGAAUUCUUGUAACUCCCAUGGGACACAUUUUCUUCUUAGUAUCUCCUAUGGCAUCAUUGUCUUCAAGCUGUGAAUAAAACACUUCUGGUAGUGAAGUAGGUGCUAUUGAUUUUGAGUGUAUCCUGUGUAGGUUAGGAUGUCCUCACCAUGGGAAAGAACUGUUACUCUAUCACGUGACGUAUGAGUUCAUAGAAUAUCCUUCAUAGAGUUACUUUAUGAGUUCCAUUUCUUUAGAAAUGCCUGCUGUAAAAACUACACUGUAUUGGUUUUAGUAUAUAGUAUAUAUAGUAUGUAGUACAGUUUUUAUACUAUAUAUUACAUAUGUUGCAAAAACUAUACUAGAUAUUAAAAACUAUGCUAUAUUGAGCAAAUCGGUUGGAUUGUGUAUUUUAAUUUGGAUAAAUCAGUGAUUAAACACUGAUUUUAAAUAAACUUUUCUAAAUAUUAUUGAUAAUAUUUUCUUUUUUAUGAA